AUGGGACGUCAUCGUACUAAGAAGCCGUACCUAGAGCUUCUUGACAAACCGGUCCUUGCGCAUACGAUCGGCGUAUUUGAUCAAAGUACCGUUGUUGAUGCGAUCUUUGUGAUUGUCGGUGAAACGGAUUUCGACGCUUGCCGAUCUGCUGUAAUCGAGCCGUACGACUUCCAAAAGGUUGCUGGGCUUGUUCCCGGUGGCGAAACGCGCCAAGAUUCUGUCUUUAACGGCUUGAAAGUGCUUCCGGAUGAUACGGAUUUCGUUGUCAUCCAUGAUGGGGUCCGCCCUUUUGUGACCGAUGAAAUGAUUUUUACCUGUCUCGGAGCGGCAGCAGAUUGGGGAGCAGCGGUCGCCGCAGUCCCUGUCAAGGAUACCAUCAAAAUCACCGAUGGGGACGGAUUUGUCGUUGAUACACCGGAUCGGAGCCAACUUUGGGCGGUACAGACACCGCAGGUAUUUCGGAGGGACUUAUUAAUCGAAGCCCACCGACAUGCCCAGCGAAAACAGAUCCAGUUGACUGAUGACGCAGCGUUGGUCGAGCAGCUGGGGCUUAAGGUGAAGUGUGUCAUGGGAAGCUAUGGCAAUCUGAAGAUCACGACCCCGGAGGAUCUGAUUCUUGCUGAAGCAUUGAUGAGCAAAACCACCAUGCGUGUAGGAAUUGGUUACGAUGUUCACCGAUUGGGGGAAAAUCGUAAAUUGAUACUCGGCGGGGUAACGAUCCCAUACGAGUUAGGUUUGAUUGGACACUCCGAUGCGGAUGUACUGACCCAUGCCAUCUGCGAUGCAGUGCUAGGGGCAGCAGGUCUGGGUGACAUCGGCCAACAUUUUCCCGAUACGGAUGCGGCGUAUGCCGGAAUUGAUAGCCUAAUUUUGCUCGGUAGAGUGAAGGCAUUAAUUGCUGCAGAUUACGCGAUUCAGAACGUGGACAGUACGGUGAUUAUGCAACGCCCAAAACUAGCGCCUUAUAUCCCUUCCAUGCGCCAACGCCUUGCCGAGAUACUAGGCAUUUCAGGCGAUCAGGUGAAUGUCAAAGCGACAACGUCGGAAGGCCUCGGUUUCAUUGGCGAAGGAAAAGCCGCUGCCGCUGAAGCCGUUGUUUGUCUCAGUGAAUUAAGGUAG